UGUCUUGAUUGCCACAUCAAACUGGCCAAAUCCCACCAUCUAUCGCAGUGGAUCAUCCACAAGCCAAUGUCGCCUAUAACUUCCUCCCUCCUGUUUCUGAUCACGGCAUCGCUCCAACUUGACGUAGGGCGAGAUUGCAGCACAGGGAAGGGAACGGAGGCGAAGGAAAGAAGAGGGUUUGGAUCGUGGAGCACCUGAAGGCACCUCAUUCACCUGCUCCGACUCGCGCCGCCUCUAUCGACCACUGGCGUCGCGCAAAAUCGCGGCUUUGGAACCAUCGAAGGAGGAGGAGAAAGAGAAAGAAGAGAGGAGGAGGAAGAGGGAGGGCGUUUUGUUCUCAUCUGCAAUGUGUCUUCUGCUGUUGUGGAACAGACAUCGCUCCCUCUGCAACCCCCCCGUUGCCGUGUCUUAGUUUUCCUCCUCGCAUUUAAUCUCUCCGCAUCCUUGAUGGUGAAAUGCCCGUAGCUGAAUUCUUCGCCUCUACGCCAAACAUUCGAGAUCGCUCAUCGAAAUCCAAACUUUGUCCGGGCUAUGGGUUCCUUUUCCCUCAGCUCGUUCGGUGACCUCCCUUUACACGAGCAGAUUGCGACGGUGGCCUAUGCAUCGCUUGCCCUCUGCUUCUUUUUCUUUGCUUCAAUGCGGCGAAUUAUUGCCUGUGCCGCCGGCCGGGUUCCUUCUAUCAAGGAUGAUGAACGAUACCCUCUAACUGCUCUCCGCAGUACUGGCGGUGAUCGAUUUGUAAGAGUUGGUUAUUGGUUCAAGAUUACAGUUUUCUGUUGCUUCUAUGUUUUCUUCCUCCAAGUGGUGGUAUUAGUAUACGAGAUUGUAAGGUCGGUUACAAGAGAGGCAGAAUCCAGAAACUACAAUAUUCUUUACCUGCCGUCUGUGGAAGCAUUGGGAUGGCUUGUCUUGUGCUUAUUGGUACUCCAUUGUAAAUUUAAGGCAUUGCCUAAAUUUCCAUUAUUGAUUAGGCUAUGGUGGUUUAUAUCAUUCAUUUUUUGCCUUUACAUUGGUUACAUUGAUAGCAAGGGAUUAGUUUCCAAGUUGGUUAGCCUAAAUUCACACACACUUUCAAAUUAUGCAGCGUUUCCUGUCCUUGCUUUUCUUUUUGUUGCCUCAGUUUUGGGUGGCACAUCCAUUGAACUUUAUAGGGAUCAUCAAGACCUCAGAGAACCAUUGAUUGCUGGGGAAGAAGAAGCUGGUUGUCUUAAAGUCACUCCUUACAGUGAUGCAAGCCUUUUCAGCCUUGCAACUCUGUCCUGGCUUGAUCCACUCUUAUCAUUGGGUGUGAAAAGGCCAUUGGAACUGCGGGACAUACCUUUGCUAGACCCAAAAGAUCGUUCAAAGACUUGUUACAAGAUACUGAAUUCAAAUUGGGAAAGGUUGAAAGCUGAGAAUCCUGAGAAUCAACCAUCAUUAGCAGUGGCUAUUUUCCGUUCCUUUUGGAAAGAAGCUGCUUUGAAUGCUGUCUUUGCUGGGUUGAACACAGCAGUUUCUUAUGUAGGUCCCUAUCUGAUAAGUUAUUUUGUUGAUUACCUGAGUGGCAAGAUAACAUUCCCUCAUGAGGGUUACAUUUUAGCCUCAAUAUUUUUUUCUGCUAAGUUGAUUGAAACUCUUACUAGUCGACAGUGGUACUUGGGAGUAGACAUAUUGGGCAUGCAUGUUAGAUCUGGCUUGACAGCUAUGGUGUACAGAAAAGGGCUCAGGUUAUCCAGUACAUCUCGACAGAGCCAUACAAGUGGUGAAAUUGUAAACUACAUGGCAGUUGAUGUACAAAGGGUGGGUGAUUAUUCUUGGUAUUUGCAUGACAUAUGGAUGCUUCCACUACAAAUCAUUCUUGCUUUAGCAAUCUUGUAUAAGAAUGUAGGUAUUGCGACAGUUGCAACACUGGUAGCGACCAUUAUCUCCAUCCUUGUUACUAUCCCUCUUGCGAAGGUUCAAGAAGAGUAUCAAGAUCAUUUAAUGACUGCUAAGGAUGAAAGAAUGAGGAAGACCACUGAAUGUUUAAGGAACAUGAGAAUCCUGAAGUUGCAGGCGUGGGAAGACAAAUACCGCUUGAAAUUAGAGGACAUGAGGAAUGUUGAGUUCAAGUGGCUCAAGAAAGCCUUAUAUACACAGUCUGUUGUAACCUUCAUUUUCUGGGGAUCCCCUAUAUUUGUCUCAGUCAUAACUUUUGCCACUUCUAUUUUGUUGGGCGGCCAGCUAACAGCUGGGGGUGUGCUUUCAGCUUUAGCCACUUUUAGGAUUCUUCAAGAGCCACUUAGGAAUUUUCCAGAUUUGGUAUCCAUGAUUGCUCAAACAAAGGUUUCGCUAGACCGAAUAUCUGGUUUCCUACAAGAAGAAGAGUUACGAGAUGAUGCUACUAUAGUGGUUCCUCGGUGCUUUACAAAUAAUGUUGUUGAAAUUAAAGAUGGAGAAUUUUCUUGGGAUCCCUCCUUUGCAACACCUACACUCUUUGGUAUUCAACUGCAAGUUGAAAAGGGCAUGCGUAUUGCAGUCUGUGGUGUUGUUGGUUCUGGCAAGUCUAGUUUUCUUUCUUGCAUACUGGGUGAGAUCCCAAAAACUUCUGGUGAAGUUAGGAUAAGUGGAUCUGCAGCUUAUGUACCUCAGUCAGCUUGGAUACAAUCUGGGAAUAUAGAAGAGAACAUUCUGUUUGGUAGUCCAAUGGAUAAGCCGAGAUACAAAAGUGUUAUUCAUGCUUGUUGCUUGAAAAAGGAUUUGGAAUUGUUAUCACAUGGAGACCAAACAAUAAUUGGUGAUAGAGGUAUUAACCUGAGUGGUGGACAAAAACAAAGGGUGCAGCUCGCUAGAGCACUUUAUCAAGAUGCAGAUUUUUAUUUACUUGAUGAUCCUUUCAGUGCUCUUGAUGCUCAAACAGGAAGUGAACUUUUUAAGGAAUAUAUACUGACAGCACUAGCUAGCAAGACUGUAAUUUAUGUCACUCAUCAAGUUGAAUUUCUUCCAGCUGCUGACAAAAUAUUGGUCCUGAAAGAUGGUCAAAUUAUACAGGCUGGAAAAUAUGAGGAUCUUUUGCUGGCUGGUACUGACUUCAAUGAACUAGUUUCAGCUCAUCAUGAAGCAAUUGAGACAAUGGACAUUUUGGAAGAUUCUAAUGGAACCAUUCAUACUGGAAUUUCUUCCAUCUCUGGCAAAAGGUUAACAAUGAGUCCUAGCAGCAUUGAUAAAAUGAAAAGUGAAACACCAGAAGAUGGAACACCAUCAGAGAAAAAAUUGAUAAAAGAGAAAAAGAAAGUAAAACGAACGAGAAAAAAACAGCAGGCUCAAGAAGAGGAGCGAGAGAGAGGAAGAGUUAGUUUGAAAGUUUACCUGUCAUAUAUGACUGCAGCAUACAAGGGAGCAUUAAUUCCAUUAAUUAUCCUUGCUCAGACUAUGUUUCAGGUGCUACAAAUAGCAGGCAAUUGGUGGAUGGCAUGGGCCAAUCCUCAAACCAGAGGCGACAGACCAAAGACAAAUAGCAUGGUUCUUUUAGUUGUUUACAUGAGCCUUGCUUUUGGAAGUUCUCUGUUUGUUUUUAUUAGAGCUGUUUUUGUAGCUACAUUUGGUCUAGAAGCUGCUCAAAAAUUGUUUGUAAGGAUGCUCAGAACUAUCUUUCGUGCCCCAAUGUCUUUUUUUGAUACAACUCCAGCUGGAAGGAUACUGAAUCGAGUCUCCGUGGAUCAAAGUGUUGUAGAUCUUGAUAUACCAUUUAGACUGGGUGGUUUUGCUGCAACCACAAUACAGCUUCUUGGUAUAGUUGGUGUUAUGAGCAAAGUUACAUGGCAAGUUCUGCUUCUGUUUUUCCCCAUGGCACUAGCUUGCUUAUGGAUGCAGAAAUAUUACAUGGCUUCGUCAAGGGAGCUGGUUCGGAUUGUUAGCAUUCAAAAAUCCCCUGUCAUCCAUCUCUUUGGAGAGUCUAUUGCUGGGGCUGCUACUAUUAGAGGUUUCAACCAAGAAAAGCGUUUUAUGAAGAGGAACCAAUACUUGCUCGAUUGCUUUGCCCGUCCAUUCUUCUGUAGUAUUGCAGCAAUUGAAUGGCUGUGUUUGAGGAUGGAACUACUCUCAACUUUUGUAUUUGCUUUCUGCAUGGCUCUGCUUGUUAGCUUCCCACAUGGAUCCAUUGAUCCCAGUAUGGCAGGUCUGGCUGUAACAUAUGGCUUAAAUCUGAAUGCUCGUUUAUCACGGUGGAUACUGAGCUUUUGUAAGCUUGAGAACAAAAUUAUUUCCAUUGAGCGCAUAAAUCAGUAUUGCCAAAUUCCAAGCGAAGCACCACCCAUUGUUGAGAAUUGUCGCCCUCCGACUACAUGGCCAGAGACUGGGAAUAUUGAAUUGAUCAAUCUCAAGGCCCGUUAUAAAGAUACACUACCUUUAGUCCUUCAUGGUAUAAACUGCCUUUUUCCUGGUGGGAACAAGAUUGGAAUUGUUGGGCGAACUGGAAGCGGUAAAUCUACUCUUAUACAGACACUGUUUCGUUUAAUUGAACCUGCAGAAGGGAAAAUCAUCAUCGAUAGCAUUGAUAUUUCCACUAUUGGCCUACAUGAUCUUCGAUCUCGACUUAGCAUCAUUCCCCAAGAUCCUACUUUGUUUGAGGGUACAAUCAGGCUUAAUCUUGAUCCUCUUGAAGAGCAUUCUGAUCAAGAAAUCUGGCAGGCCCUUGGCAAAUGUCAGCUUGGAGAGGUGAUCAGUCAAAAGCCACAAAAACUUGAUGCUCCAGUUUUGGAGAAUGGAGACAACUGGAGUGUCGGACAGCGUCAACUUGUUUCGCUAGGCAGAGCAUUACUCAAGCAGGCUCGAAUAUUGGUGCUUGAUGAGGCAACAGCAUCAGUUGAUACUGCAACAGAUAAUCUUAUCCAAAAGAUCAUACGAAGGGAAUUCAAGAAUUGUACUGUAUGCACCAUUGCACACCGUAUACCUACUGUUAUUGAUAGUGAUCUGGUUUUAGUACUCAGUGAUGGUAGAGUAGCUGAAUUUGAUAGUCCACAGCGGCUGUUGGAAGAUAAGUCAUCAAUGUUUCUUAGGUUAGUUUCUGAGUACUCUACCCGAUCGAGCAGUAUGUCUGAUGCUUGAGAGUGCAAGCAAUAGAACAAUCAAGGCUGGAUAAGCAUUUAAAGGAUGAUGCUGUUGUUCCACUGCAUCAGUAGAGUGGAUCACUGGAGAUGAACGUGGAAGACAGCUCCUGGACACAACUUGACAGAAGUGCUAGAAGCCAUCCAUGGUUCGGAAACACAUCCUAUGCAUAAAAUGUUGUAAAAUAUGCAUUGGUUCUAUGUUGAUGCAAAAAUAAUUGAGCUCAAAAGCUCAACCGCUGUUUUCUAGACCAAUAUGGCAAUUUUGAGAUUGCUUCAGAUAUUCAUUUAA